CGCCGCCGCCGAGGCCGCGGCCGGCCUGGCUGGGCACCAUGCAGUCUCGGCUCUUGCUCCUCAGCACGUCCGGUGCGACCGGAGGCUCAGGCAGCGGCGGAGGCAGUUCGGCCGCGCGGAGAGUGAGACUCAUUCUGCGGCAGGUGGUGCGGGGCCGUCCGGGCGCCGAGGGGCUCAGGCUCAGGCACACCGGGGCGGGGGUCGACGCAGGUAAUACAGUUCAUAUUGGAGAUGUGUCUUAUAAGCUGAAAACUCCCAAGAAUCCGGAAUUUGUACCAAAGAACUACAUUUCAGAUUCCUUGGCACAAACUGUAGUUCAGCACCUAAGAUGGAUAAUGCAGAAGGAUCUUUUGGGGCAAGAUGUCUUUCUAAUUGGCCCUCCUGGACCUCUUCGACGUUCUAUUGCUAUGCAGUACCUGGAGCUGACCAAGAGGGAGGUAGAAUAUAUAGCACUGUCCAGAGAUACCACUGAAACCGAUCUGAAACAACGAAGAGAGAUCCGGGCUGGAACUGCUUUCUACAUUGACCAGUCACUGGCAUUUUUCAGUUAUGAUGAAGAUAAGUGUGCUGUGCGUGCUGCCACAGAAGGUAGAACCCUUGUGCUAGAAGGCUUGGAGAAGGCAGAAAGGAACGUCUUGCCUGUUUUGAACAACUUACUGGAGAACAGGGAGAUGCAGCUUGAAGAUGGACGUUUCCUCAUGUCUGCUGAGCGUUAUGACAAACUUCUACAGGAUCACACCAAAACAGAGCUAGAUACAUGGAAGAUUGUUAGAGUUAGUGAAGAUUUUCGAGUGAUUGCCUUGGGCUUACCAGUACCCAGGUACACUGGAAAUCCUUUAGAUCCUCCUCUUCGAUCUCGAUUUCAAGCAAGAGAUAUUUAUUAUCUACCAUUUAAGGACCAGCUUAAAUUAUUAUACUCAAUUGGGUCCAAUAUUUCUGCUGAGAGGGUCUCUCAGGUAUUGUCAUUUGCUACGACGCUCUGUUCUCAAGAAUCUUCCACACUUGGACUUCCUGAUUUUCCUUUAGAUAGUUUACCACAUGCAAUUCAAAUCCUGGAUUUCUUUCCUGCAAUGUCAAUCCAGAAUUUAAUCCAGUGGCUUUACCCUUACACAAUUUUACUAGGACAUGAUGGCAAGAUGGCAGUGGAAGAUGUCUUAAAACGCUUUGAACUACAAGAUUCGAGAAAUUCUUCUCUUCCAAUCAGGAUUGUGAAAAUAGAAAGCAUUUCUGGAAACCCAGUCUGUCAAGCUGAUGUGACUUUUCAGUUGGGGAACAAAGAAACAGCCUUGAAGGUACCAGCUGGGACCAGGCCAUUAAAUCAACAUUCUGAAUCCAACCAUUUCAUAAAGACUUUAAGCCAUAAGCAGCUGUUGGCUGAAAUGGUGCAGUCUCAUAUGGUUAAAGAUAUGUGUUUAAUUGGAGGAAAAGGUUGUGGAAAAACAGUUAUUGCUAAGGAGUUUGCUGAUGCUCUAGGUUAUGCCAUCGAGCCCAUCAUGCUGUAUCAGGAUAUGACAGCCCGUGAUUUGCUGCAGCAGAGAUACACCCUUCCCAAUGGAGAUACUGCUUGGAGGUCUUCUCCACUUAUUACUGCUGCUUUAGAGGGAAAGCUUGUUCUCUUGGACGGCAUUCAUCGUGUCAAUGCUGGUACACUUGCUGUACUGCAAAGGUUAAUCCAUGAUAGAGAACUGUCUUUAUAUGAUGGCUCAAGGCUGCUGAGAGAGGACAGGUAUCAGCAUUUAAAAGAAGAGCUACAACUAUCUGAUGAACAACUAAAGAAGAGGUCUAUAUAUCCUAUCCAUCCAUCCUUCCGGAUCAUUGCCUUGGCUGAACCUCCUGUCAUAGGAAGCAGCUCACAGCAGUGGCUGGGACCAGAAUUCUUAACUAUGUUCUUUUUCCAUCAUAUGAAACCUUUGGCCAGGAGUGAAGAAAUACAAGUGAUUAAAGAGAUGGUUUCAAAUGUACCUCAAGAUGCUGUGGAGAAAUUGUUAUCAUUUACACACAAACUUCGAGAGACGCAAGACCCAACAGCACAGUCACUUGCAGCCUCUCUGUCUACCCGACAGCUGUUAAGAAUUGCUCGUCGAUUAUCAAAGUAUCCUGAUGAAAGCCUUCACAAAGCUGUACAUAAAGCUUGCCUAUCAAGGUUUUUACCAAGCCUUGCAAGAUCAGCAUUAGAGAAGAAUCUACUAGAUGCUAGAAUUGAAGCAACCACUGAUAAUCAUCUAGAACCAGAACCAAAGGAUUAUAGAUGUGAAAUAAAAUCUGGAUCUCUGAAGAUCGGAAAUAUUAGCAUACCAGUCCAUAAUACCAAUGAGAAAAUGAAAGUGCCUGAUGUUUUAUUUUAUGAAAAUUUCCAACACAUGAUACUAAUGGAAGAUAUGCUCAAAGAUUUUCUUCUGGGAGAACAUCUGUUGUUGGUUGGUAACCAGGGUGUAGGAAAAAACAAGAUUGUUGACAGAUUCCUUCACCUGCUAAACAGACCUAGAGAAUAUAUUCAACUCCAUAGGGAUACAACUGUACAGACACUUACUCUUCAGCCUUCUGUAAAAGAUGGUCUUAUUGUCUAUGAAGACUCUCCACUGGUUAAAGCAGUCAAGAUGGGAUAUAUUUUGGUUGUAGAUGAGGCAGACAAAGCCCCAACAAAUGUUACCUGUAUUUUGAAAACUCUUGUAGAAAAUGGAGAAAUGAUUCUAGCAGAUGGACGAAGAAUUGUUGCAGAUGCUGCUAAUGUGAAUGGAAGAGAAAACAUUAUAGUGAUUCAUCCUGAUUUUAGAAUGAUUGUCCUGGCUAACAGACCUGGGUUUCCUUUCUUGGGCAAUGAUUUUUUUGGCACUUUAGGUGAUAUUUUUAGCUGCCAUGCAGUUGAUAAUCCUAAACCACAGUCUGAACUUGAGAUGCUCAGACAAUACGGACCAAAUGUUCCAGAGCCGAUCCUUCAGAAGCUUGUGGCUGCAUUUGGAGAACUGAGGCACUUAGCAGAUCAGGGAAUUAUUAACUAUCCAUAUUCCACCAGAGAGGUCGUCAACAUAGUCAAACACUUACAGAAAUUUCCUAAUGAAGGACUUGCCAAUGUGGUGAGGAAUGUGUUUGACUUUGAUUCCUACAAUAAUGAUAUGAGGGAGACUUUGAUGAACAUUUUACACAAAUAUGGGAUACCUAUUGGAGCAAAACCUACCAGUGUGCAGUUGGCAAAGGAGUUGCCAUUGCCAGAGCAGUCAUUCAUGGGCUACUGGACAAUCAGUCCGCCAAAAAAUGGAAUGCAAAAAUUUUUGAGUCCAGCAGAAACUCAGCACAUUGACUUAAAGGGUCCGCUGCAUUUAAGCUUCCAAGAAUAUCCUUUAGAGAGACGAGAAGGAAGGACUCUAACUUUUACCGAAGAGUGUGCUUCUUGGAAAUUGCCCAUCGAUGAAGUUAACAUAGUCUGUGACGUCGCUGUUGCACAAGAAAAUGAGGAAAGUAUUCUCUAUGUAGUUACAUGCAAUCCUGUUGCCUUAUAUUUUAUGAAUAUGUCUGGGAAGAAAGGUCACUUUGUGGACUUUUAUGAUCUAUUUCCAAGGACAUCCAGUGGAGUGUGGCAUCCCUUUGUGACUGUAGCACCUCUAGGAAAUCCCCUCAAAGGUCUCGUGAUUCUUCAUGAAGAGCAGAGUAAUGCUAUCCUGUUGUUAGAUACCAGAGACCAAACUCUGCGAAGGCUUGUCCUCCCUUCAGAAGAUGAGUUUGGUGCUAUGAAAACCGGUUGGUGGAGCAGGGAAGAAUCUGGAGCUUACAAAAUGUGUAAAGAAUUUUCACACAAAAACUGGCUUGUAUUCUACAGAGAAAAAGGAAAUAGCCUGAUUGUGCUAGAUGUCCUGGAGGGACAAACACACACUAUCUUCCUUCCCAUCAGCCUCAAGUCAGUUUUCCUAGUAGCUGAAGACCGAUGGCUCCUGAUCGAGAACAAUACAAAUCAGAAAUUCCUUUUAGCCAAGCCUGGACAUGUGGAAUCCAAAGAAAAAGGAGUUUGCCAGUUGCAUAUAUUAAAAGAAGAGCCAGUGAGCACAGGAUUUGGAUUUACAAAAGAAUCAGAAUUCAAUAUACCACAUAAAGUUUCAAGCAACCAACUAUCAUCAGAAAAUCUAAGUUUAGCUGUUGGACAAAAGAUUGCCUCUCCUAACCGGAUUCUCUCUGAUGAGAAUAAUUAUGCUACUGUGCUUGUUGGUUUCCCAGAUCUAAUGUCACCCAGUGAAGUUUAUUCCUGGAAAAGACAGUCAUCUUUGGGUGCAGAGAUUGUAUCUACAUCUAUGUUGUAUAAAGGAAAAAGUAAAUCUGGAACGCCAAAACAGAACAAUUGUGUGAUUCUAUUAGAUUCUAACCAAGUGGUCAGAAUCUUGCCCCCUGGAGAUGUACCUUUAAAAGAAAUUUUUCCAAAAGAUGUUACUCCUCCACAAACAUCUGGAUAUAUAGAAGUUACAGACCUUCAAUCAAAAAAACUUAGAUACAUCCCUAUUCCUGGGUCAGACUUUCUCUCUCCAUACACAACAUGGCUCUCUACUAUUUCAGACACAGAUGCUCUCUUGGCUGAGUGGGGCAAAGGUGGUGUUGUUACCGUUGAUAUGGGAGGCACUGUCAGGCUUUGGGAAACUGGACUUGAACAUCUGCAGCGGUCUCUUCUGGAAUGGAAAAACAUGAUUGGGCAAGAAGAAAAAGCUGCACAGAUAACUAUCGACAGAGAUAGUUAUGAAGAUGUGAGCUCCCCCAAACAUGGAAAAGAGGACCCAGAGAAUGAACCCCAUGUAGGGGGCAAUACUUGGGCUGGUGGAACAGGAGGAAGAGACACUGCUGGUCUAGGUGGCAAAGGCGGGCCGUACCGUUUGGAUGCGGGCCAUAACGUGUACCAGAUCUCUCAAGCGGAGAAAGAUGCUGUGCCUGAAGAAGUGAAGAGGGCCGCAAGAGAGAUGGGCCAAAAGGCUUUUCAGCAAAGGUUAAAAGAGAUUAAGAUGAGCGAGUAUGAUGCUACCAGUUACGAGAGGUUUUCAGGUGCUGUCCGACGACAAGUGCAUGCCCUCCGGAUCAUCUUGGAUAAUUUGCAGGCCAAGGGUAAAGAAAGGCAAUGGCUGAGACACCAACCUACUGGGGAGUUGGAUGAUGCCAAGAUAAUCGAUGGCUUGACUGGAGAAAAAGCCAUCUACAAACGUCGGGGAGAAAUGAAGCCGGAACUUGGAAAUCCCCAGGAGAAACCCAAACGGCUCAGGCUCUUGGUGGAUGUGUCUGGCAGCAUGUACCGUUUUAAUGGGGUGGAUGGUCGGCUCGAGCGCUCCAUGGAGGCUGUCUGCAUGGUCAUGGAGGCUUUUGAGAACUAUGAAGAGAAGUUCAAGUACGAUAUCGCUGGACACUCUGGAGAUGGUUACGUUAAACUGGUUCCACUGGAUAAAAUCCCCAAGGACAAUAAGCAGAGACUUCAGAUUCUGAAGACAAUGUAUGCCCAUGCACAAUUCUGUAUGAGUGGAGACUCUACAUUAGAAGCAACAGAGCAUGCCAUCAACGAGAUUGCCAAAGAGGAUGCCGAUGAGUACUUUGUCAUUGUCCUGAGCGAUGCUAAUCUGGAACGGUAUGGCAUACCGCCGAUGAGGCUAGCCCAGAUCUUGACAGCCAACCCUCAAGUCAACGCUUUUGCCAUAUUCAUUGGAUCUCUGGGUGACCAAGCAGCAAGGCUUCAGAAAACUCUCCCUGCUGGCCGCUCCUUUGUCGCCAUGGAUACCAAGAAGAUCCCUCAAAUUUUACAGCAGAUCUUCACUUCUACCAUGUUGUCCAGCAUUUAAGAAGGCCCCCGAGGGCCCUCUGGCUUAGCCACUACAAGAGGUAAAUGAAAGCAAGAAUUUGUAUCCCUCCAAAAAGGCCUUCCUAAGAUAGAGGGGAUACCAGAACAUCUUCAUCUGUGUUUUCCCAGGACUCUAAAUAGGCAUUAUUCUCCGUCAAAUGACCCAGGUGUGGGGCUUGCCUAUUAUCAUUUGCAGUCGGAGAAGUGAGGUGGCAAACCCAUCUCUCCCCUCCACAGACUGGGAAUGCUGGAAACACAAGUCAUUGGCCAGGGCCUAACCUGCCCUUGCCUAGUAGCUCCUGUCACCCAUCUCCUCACUGGGCUCUCUGUGGACCAUAGAGUUAGAGCCUUCGUGGGGAACUGAAACUGCUGCAGAGAGAGUGCUGAGGGCAUCCUAGAAAGGGCUGGGCUCUCUCCCUAAUUCCCUUUUCUUGAGCUAAGCCAGAAGGACCCCAAAGACCCUUAGAUUGCCGUCUCUCCCCACGGAGAGUGGAAUAGUUGACACUACUAGCACUUCCCUAUGAAAUAGGCAAGACCAAACGCCCUCUUCCCUCUGCUACCUGGGGGAAGGGAGCAGGAAGAGAAUAGCUAAUUAAUUCGACAGACACUGGUUCUCUGCCUUGUGAUCUUUCCCCAUUUCACUGGUUCUUCCCCAAAACUCCUUCCACGACUUCACUGAAGUAUACAAAACCCCAAACUAGUCAUACCUGUCUAGAAGAAAAACAUGAUUGCAGGAGACAGUUACUAGGAGGAGGGGCCCCUCCCCCAAACAAAAAGAAAGCUACAGAUAUUACUCAAACUAAAGGUACCGGAGGCGCAGAGGCCCAGAGAAGGCCGGGCACCUCUCCUGGGGCAGGCGCGGUGUUGGCCCGGGUCUCUCCCGGCCUCAUCACGGACUUGUUUCAGCUGGUUGGCUCCUCGGCAAGAGCCGGACUGACCCUCAGGAAACAGUCUCAGCUCGCCACUGAAGGGCGAGUGCUGAGCCCGAGUUGGGGAAACAAGAGCCCAGAAAUGAUAUAAGCUCCAAACUGACUAGGAACUGAAGUGGUGUCGCUCAUUCUGUCUUCUUAAUUAAGCCGGAGUACGGGAAGAAUGACUGGCCGGCGUGUUCCACCCUCCAUAAUUAACUGCCUAAUAAAAAGCAAUCCCAUUUC